CACAUUUUUAAAUCAACACAGAGACACUUCAUACAACUCUUUCAGCGGAAUUUUAUGUGUUUUCGAAACUAGGACCUUGGGAACGAUUAACAUGAUGUUGAUAUACCAUUUUGUCGAACUUUAUUUCAUUGCAACUAACUAUGUCUGGUGUUUCCCUCCACCAGGCCAUUGUGACAAUAUACAAUGCGGGUUUCCUCUGUGCCCGCCCGGAGUGGACCUCGUUCUAAAACCGGGAGCAUGCUGCCCAGGCUGUGCAGUCGAGUGCGACCAGAUACACUGCGACUGGCCGGACUGUGGCGACGCCUGGCCCGAGACUAAGCCAGGUGACUGCUGUCCAAGCUGCCCAGACGAGUGCGACCAGAUACACUGCGGCUGGCCGGACUGUGGCGGCGCCAUGCCCGAGACUAAGCCAGGUGACUGCUGUCCCAGCUGCCCAGACGAGUGCGACCAGAUACAGUGCGGCUGGCCGGACUGUGGCGGCGCCAUGCCCGAGACUAAGCCAGGUGACUGCUGUCCCAGCUGCCCAGACGAGUGCGACCAGAUACACUGCGGCUGGCCGGACUGUGGCGGCGCCAUGCCCGAGACUAAGCCAGGUGACUGCUGUCCAAGCUGCCCAGACGAGUGCGACCAGAUACACUGCGGCUGGCCGGACUGUGGCGGCGCCAUGCCCGAGACUAAGCCAGGUGACUGUUGUCCCAGCUGCCCAGACGAGUGCGACCAGAUACACUGCGGCUGGCCGGACUGUGGCGGCGCCAUGCCCGAGACUAAGCCAGGUGACUGUUGUCCCAGCUGCCCAGACGAGUGCGACCAGAUACACUGCGGCUGGCCGGACUGUGGCGGCGCCAUGCCCGAGACUAAGCCAGGUGACUGCUGUCCCAGCUGCCCGGAUCUAUGAGGGCCUCUACUGCGACUGGCCGGACUAUGGAACCUCCACGCCCCAAUUCAAGCCGCAUGUUUGUUUCCCUGAAUGUCCAUCGGACAAUUAAAAACGAUAAUGAGCUGUGUCUGGCGUUCUUAAAUAAAAUAUCGAAGAUGUAACCUAAAAAAUAAAUAUAAUUUAAUGUG